AUGGCUCCAGCCCGUCAGCCCGACCAGGCCUCCUUCGCCAAGGACGAGCGCGUUCUCUGCUUCCACCACGAGAUGCUCUACGAGGCCAAGGUCCUCGACAUCCAGCCUCCCGAGACGGAAAACGACGUCUACCAGUACCGCGUGCAUUACAAGGGCUGGAAGAACACCUGGGACGACUGGGUCGCCCCCGACCGCAUCCGCAAGUUCACCGAGUCCAACAAGGAACUGGCCGCCCAGCUCCACGCCCAGAUGAAGAACCUUCAGAAGAGCACCUCCAAGGUGCCCAAGAAGGGUCUGCGCCCCAACGGCACUGACUCUGCCCGGGGGAGCGAGGAGAGGAGCGCGAGCUUGUUUGCUACCGGCCGUGGGCCUCGCCGGACUCGAGACUACGAGUUGGAGACGGCUUGA